AUGAAAAAUGUCGUAGAACCACCAAACUUGAAUGAUGAAGUCAAGUUUACAAAGCUUAAACAAAGUAUUAUCAAGGAGGAGGAUAUUGAAAAAGUAAAACAUUCUUGGAUUAGAUUAUUGAAAGAAAUUGAAAAGCUUACAAAUGAGAUUAGUGAUGACUACAUCCCGAUAGUUGAUUGGAAAGAUUUAAAGGGAACUGAGUUCAAAGGUGAGCUUGCCGACAAGUUUAAAGAAAGAGGUGUGUUAAUAGUGAGGAAUGUUGUUAGUACUGAGACAGCACAAGGCUGGUUACAACUACUCAAAGAUUUCACUCAGAAACAUCCAGAAGUAGGUGGAUUUCAACUGCCACCAGUGAAUUGGUUUGUAUUCUGGAAUAAAGCACAAGUUGAAGCAAGAUCACACCCAGAAAUCUUGGAAAUGAUGAAGAUAAUUUCAAAUGUAUUCUAUGUUGAAGAUGAAACAUUACCAAUUGAUAUUGAUUCUCAAGUAGUUUACGCUGACAGUUUCAGGAUUAGGAAGCCAGGAAAGGCCUUAUCUUUAGAUUUACAUCUUGAUUCUGGUUCAACUGAACGGUGGGAAGAUCCUGGAUAUCGGAGUGUUUACCAAGCCAUUUUUGAAGGUAGAUGGGAAGAUUAUGAACCGUUUAAAUUGGAUGCACGCUCACUUGCCAGAUCCGACUUGUAUACCCAUCUUGAAGGAAGAAACUCUGCAUGCUCUGCAUUCCGUUCCUUACAAGGAUGGUUAUCAUUGUCUGAGUCUCAAAAGGGUGAUGGAACCCUUCGUGUACUUCCAAAUAUCAAACUUAUCACUGCUUAUAUCAUGCUUAGACCAUUUUUCUGGAAAGAUGAUGGGGAGAUUGAUUUGGAAACUCCUAAAUUCCCCGGAGCUGUAGAAGGAUCUGGACAAUUUUUCAUUAGUGAAGAAUUUCAUCCACAUUUAAAACCUUUACAAACUGUACUUGCAAUCCCCAACGUAAACUUUGGAGAUUAUGUAUUUUGGCAUUGUGAUCUUGCACAUGAAGUGGAAAAAGUCCAUAGUGGUCCUGAUGAAUCUUCAGUAUUAUAUUACGGAAUUAGUCCCCUUUGUCCCUAUAACAUUGAUAAUUUACUUCAUAUGAAUGAAAGCUUCCGCGCGGUUAAAACUCCUAGAGAUUUCCAAAGUAUUGUUCAACCUCAACAAAAGGAGGGUGAUUAUCACGAUCAUGGGGCUAAUAUUUCCAACAUAUUGAGCAAUGCAGGAUUAAGGUCAAUGGGGUUUAUGGACUUUGAUAUAAACGAAAUUGGUUUAACUUCAGGACAGAUUCAAAUUAGGAAGUUGGCUAAUGAAAUUUUGAAUAAACCUUAA